AGUGUAUUUGUCAGUUGAGGCCCAAGCCAACAAAGCUUCGCUAGAAAUGAUUUUGAGACAUUCGUUUCAGUUCCACUUUGAAAGUCGUAACGAUUGAAAGCGUUUCAUCGUCAAAGUUUCUUAGUCUUUUUUUUUAAUUUUUUGAAUUCUCUGAAUUCCCUUUUAAUUUAUUUUGUUACCUCACAAACACUUCUUUAGAAUUUAGAAAGGAAUAAAAUCCAAUUUUCUAAUUUAGUGUAAUUGUGAUGUGGGCAGAAAAAAAAUCUAGCGAAUUUAUGAAGUGAUUUCCAAAUGGAUUGACUUGAGGAAAAGUUUUUCUUUACCUUUGAAAUUAACGGUGUUCUUCCUGAAUGGACAUUUUUGUGCAAGGAAGUCAUAUAAAUUAAGUGCUAAAUACUGAAUAGUGAUUAAAAGAAUGUGAAAUAGCAAAAGAUAAUGCAAUAUUCUAUGAGAUAGUAUAAAAAAAAGUGUAUACAUACAGACAUUAUUGACUUUUUGCUUGAUUUUAUGAAGAAUCGGCGCUAAACAUAAAAAAAGUGUGACAUAAAAUUGUGAAUUUAUUCUGUUAAUUUUUAACUUAGUUAUUAGAACCAAGACAGUUUUAAAUAAUUUUUUUUUAUUUAUCUACUUAAAAAUAUUUUCUUAAAUUAAUUUGAGUGAAUAACAGGAGUAUUUAAACAUACAAAAUGAAUAGCCUUGUUAAAGUGUUUAGUAAUUUUAAAGAAUUCUACAGUGAAAUUAAUGGGGCCACGUUGACGGGUGCCAUUGAUGUGGUGGUUGUGGAACAACCCGAUGGAACCUUUCUGUCAUCCCCCUUUCACGUGCGCUUUGGUAAACUCGGAGUGCUCAGGAGCAGAGAAAAAAUUGUGGAUAUUGAGGUGAAUGGCGAGCCAAUUGAUAUUCACAUGAAAUUGGGUGAAUCUGGUGAGGCAUUUUUCGUGGAGGAGUGUCCAGAAGAUGAUCUGGAAGAAUUACCCUCGAAUAUGGCAACAUCACCAAUUCCGUCCAGUGAAUUUUCCAAAUUGGGCCAAAAUUCAGAUUUCACGUCAAAUUCGAUGAAGGAGGAAGAGAUGCAAAUGCCAAAACCUCGUAGAAAUUCCAUUGACCUCCUGAUUGGUGAUAGUGGGGAGAAGGCAGAUGAGUGUCAUCAAGGUAAGAGAUUUGAGAAUCAAGUGUCAGACUACACACAUCGACGAUACACGGAUAAUACGUUGGAGAGGCGCGAUGUGAAGGAAUUUACAACACAGAAGAUUCGUCAGCAAUGGGCUGAACAGCAACAGGAUGAGGAUUCACUGUUGGCGGGAAUUCAGGAGAGUAGUGGUGGUGAUUGGAGGAAUAGUACAGCUGUUGAGGACACCAAAGAGCAGACUCCCAAGAAAGGGGUGGAAGAGGUGAAAGAAAGUCCUGUUUUGGAGCCUGUUGAGGAGGCUGAAGUGAUGCCAAAGGAAGAGAGUAAAUCCAAGAAGAAACGACGCAAGAAGUCAAUAAUGAAAAAGAAAAAUGCUCAGAGAAAGAAUUCCAGCAGUUCAGGUGGUUCUGUACAAUCAGAAAUUCCCGAUGGAAGUGUCGAGGGUGAAACACUCACGACAUCAUCACCAGAAGAAAGUCCCAUUGUGUCUGUUGAUGCCACAAAAAAUUCCGAAAGUGGAAAUGUUGAGGCAAAAACAGAAGACAUUCCCAUGACAUCUAGUCGUAUUAUGGAUUUGGAUAUACAUUUCUUCAGUGAUACAGAUGUAGCUACUGGACUAAGUCCACGGACAUCCAGACCUUCAACGCCCAUUCAGAGUGAUACGGAAUUUGAGGUGUCGCAGCGUGAGAAGGGGGAUGCUAACAAUUGCAUGACAAGUUCGGCAUCGUGGAAAUGGGGAGAAUUGCCGACGCAGGAUGAUGUUGGAGUAGAUGACAAUACCCCAGAAGCCACCAAGCAGGCACAGCGCAAUUCAAUGCUCAGUGGGAUGUUUAGUUUUAUGAAGCAGAACAAAAAAUUCCGCAAUAGUGCACCAGAGGGACUCUAUCUGGCGGAUCUGGAUGCUGAGAGUAUGGAUCCGGAAGUGGCAGCUCUCUACUUUCCACAGCACUCCCGGAAAUCAUUUACAAGGGAUACGGAUGAGGAGAAUCAGGAACAUCAUAAAAAUCGCCGUGAGGAUGAGGAGGAUCGUGAAAGUGGAAAUGGAACAUCUCUGCCACAGAGUCCAAGCUCAAUUGACGGGGCUAAGAGUCUCGAUUCGGACUAUGAAGAUGGAAAGAUUUCCGACAAAUACCUCGAUUUGGUUGCCAUGUCACUCUGUGGUGGCUUAGACAAUAGCAAUGGACCCAGUGAUGAGGACUUCGAUCGUCAUCUUAUUAGUUACACAGAGGUGUGUCGCAAUCCGUCACUUUUCUCCUCACCUAAUUUAGUGGUUCGCCUAAACGGUAAACAUUACAGUUGGGCAGCUGCUUGUCCCAUUGUCAUGACAUUGAUUGCAUUCCAGAAACCACUACCAAAUGCCACAAUUGACAAACUAGUUGCUAGUCAGAAGGAGGAAACAUCAGCAGACGCCCACGAGAGUGCUGUAAGUGUGGCGCAGAAUGAGCCCAAGAGAAGCUACUCAUGGUGGUACUGGAGACGUUCCGGAAAUGGAGGAGGAGGAGGAGGUGAUAAGAAUCAGGGAAAGAAAAGUGGUGAUGAGAAAGAUGUAGAACAGGAAUUGGUGCAGAAGGUUCUGGAGAAGCCAGAACAUAAGGAAAUGAUUCACAAAGAUGAGUCUGUGUCAUUUAAUUCGAGUACAGCUAUUGAUAUUCAGCAAAAUGAUCAGAGUCCGGAUAGUAGUAAAGUGUCAGAGAAAUAUAGGAAAACACUGAGACUGAGUUCGGAUCAGAUUAAGAGUCUAAAUCUCAAGAAUGGUAUCAAUGAGAUUGAAUUUAGUGUAACGACGGCAUAUCAGGGUACAUCGAGGUGCAAGUGUUAUCUAUUUCGUUGGAAAUUCAAUGAUAAAGUUGUCAUUUCGGACAUUGAUGGGACAAUUACGAGGUCUGAUGUCUUGGGGCAUAUUUUGCCGAUGGUCGGGAAAGAUUGGGCACAAAUUGGGGUGGCUGAUCUGUUUUCGAAGAUCGAAGAGAAUGGCUACAAAUUGCUCUAUCUCUCGGCAAGGGCAAUUGGACAGAGUCGUGCUACGCGAGAUUAUUUACGUUCCAUCCGUCAGGGAGAUGUUCAAUUGCCAGAUGGACCACUUCUUCUCAAUCCCACUUCACUGAUCUCAGCUUUUCAUCGUGAGGUGAUCGAGAAGAAGCCGGAACAAUUCAAAAUUGCCUGUUUGAGUGUGCCGGAGCCAUAA